AUGUGCUCGGUCACUCGGUUCUCCUCGGCGGCAUCCAUCACUCGCUUGCCCAAUGAGCUGAUUUGGAACAUUGUGCAGCUGCUCGACGUGGAAGAGGCAUUCGAGCUGAGCAGGUCGUGCCGCUUUUUCCGCGACAUUAUGCGAGACGACAGCAUCUGCCGUAUGCUCAUGGAGGUCAACGAGUGCGUUCGCAUGCGUCCGGCAUGGCAGUUUGCCGCUGCCCUGAGAGCGGUCGCCAAGCGGCAUCUGGCGAUUGCCCAUCUGCAGCCGUUUGCGGCCGCCGUGGUCGCUGAAGCGGACGUCCCCACUUACGGCGGCCGCAGCGGGAGUGUCGCCGGGAACGGCUCCACUUCACCCGGCAAUGGCGGGUAUACCCGCAACCCCUAUGUCCGACCGGCGUCAGCACCGCCAUUUGUCUAUGCCGGCCAGACGCUGCUCUACAUGGUCGGCCGCACGCUGCGGAUUCUGCCGCUGCACGGCGGAUCGACGGUCCGUAGAGAGAUGACGGUCCAUGUGCGGCGGCUCUUGAACGAGGCCGUGCCGGCGUCCCAUGGCAAGCGCAACUUCCAUUUUCGGCCGCUGCACUAUUCCAGCGGUAUUGUGUCGUGCGUCUACGUGCACCGCGUGCCGGGAACGGGCCACCAGGAGAGCUGGCUGGUGCUGUUCAACCCCGUGACGCGAUGGUGCCGCAGCCACCGUCUGGCGCUGCCGCAUCAUCGGUUGUUUGUCCGCAACAACAAGGAGUACCUGGUCUUUGGCACGUAUACGAACCGACGGCUUCCCGAGCAGGACACGGACGGCGAGGGCCUGGGUGGCCAUGGAAGCAGCAGCUUGGCAGCGAAUGCGUCAACGCCGACGCACAGCGGUCACCGGCGCUGGGUGCUGCGGCACUACAGUAUUUUGGACGACGCGUGGUCGACCAAGGCCAUCUUUGUCGACAACUCGAUUGGCCUGGCAGAUCUGGGCAGCAGCCUGUGCUUUGAGGUACUGGACGGCUACUUUUACGCGCUGGCCAACCAGCAGCGGUACUUGGACGAGGACAACACUGAUGUCGACCGAUACGACGGCGAGGAAGAUGAGGAGGAGGAGGAUGGCGACGAAGCUGGUGAUAUGGGCACUGGUUCCGAUGCGAAUGGAGAACAGAACAACAGCAGCACCAGCACCAGCACUAACGCGCUGUCGGGCCGCGCAACAGGCCUUUUUGCGCCGUCGUCGUACUACACUUGCGAGCGCUUCCUACUCAGCGACCCGCAGCGCCGUGAAACCCCGACGCGGUCAUCAUUGUGGCGACGGCGCAACGACGAGGGCCCCGUGGACGACCGUUGGACGACGCUGCGUCUGGAGAAGAAUGAAGCCACGGGGCAGAUUAUGGCCGUCGAGUCGCGCAAGGAGUGGCUGCGUGUCAGCGGCGCGAGCAGCAGUAGGCGGACAUACUACAUGCAGCCGCUGGUGUGGAAGAGCCAGGCCCGAAAUCAAAAUCGAGAUCAAAAUCGAGAUCAACAUCCAAAUCCAAGAGACGGGACCAGGAUACAGCGACGGUCCGCAGCGCAACUGGCCCGCCGCCCCGAGCACGUUCACCCCGGCGACGAUGCCGCGCGCAUGAUGCCUUUGACGCUCAGCCGCUGUGGCGCGCGUGUGUACAGCUCGGGAAGCCGUACGUUUCUGGAUCUCUACUACCAGAACACGCCUGCUUGGGCGGACCCAUUGGCCAGCCGCCCCCGCCUGGUCCUGCGCGCAGGCACACGGCGGACGCGUGUGCAAAGCGACAAGAAUGACACCGACAACGAAGGAGGGGACAGCCUUUUAUACCCAAUGCGGGAAAUCAAGAAGCGCUACGUGGACCGCGACGUGGUGACCUGGCCACGGCCGUAUGGUAAAGGCGAGAGCGACAACAGCGACAACAGCGACAACAGCGACAACAGCAACAACAACCCCACCAAACAAGAAAAGGCGCUCAAUGACACCCUGAACCCGCCAGGUUACUGUGGCGCCAUCACAGCGACCUCGUGGGACGACCGGGUGCUCGUCUACGCGACUACCAGCACUGGCAGCGGAGAGGUUGGCACGCGGCAGGCCAUUGUUGUCGUCAGUUUCGACCCUACACUGUGUCUUCCGGGGCUGGACAGGUGGGGGGAGGAAGAAACGGAUGCCAAGGAAGACUGCGGAGCAGAGGAGGAGGGGCUGCCUCGGCCGGCUUGUCUUGUUAGCAGAAAGCGCAAGCUGUGCGACCUGGGUAAGGAACAGGAGCACGAUGCGGGAGAGGUGGAGCAAAGCCAGUCAGGCCAUUCGCAGGCCAUCGACUGUCAAGCCAUCGACUUCAACAGUCAGAUGACAACAGUGGCCGAUGAGAGGGGAAAAGGAAAGGACACCGUGCUGCUGUCGCCUCGUCCCUCUCGUCCUUUGUCACCCAUGGAUGUGGACGAAGAGGAAGAGGCUCAACGGAGCUGGGUCACGUCCGUCGAGCCUAUGUACCGCGCCAUCGGCCGUGGUUUUGAUUUUUCUUACCACAAACGGAGCCGGACAGGGGGCUACAGUGGGCCAUUGUGA